GUGUUUAGAGAGAAAAAGAGAGGAAAGGGAAAGAUAACUACAGUUCCCAUGAUGUAUAAAGAGGCGACUACAUUUCCCAUGAUAUCCCGGAAAGGCAGCGCUGCGAAGAAAGACUACAUAUCCCACGCUGCUCUCCUCCCCCGAGCGGCGGAGCUUGAACCGGAAGACGCUUUCUGGGUUUGAGGAUUCCAGUGACUGCUGUUGAAUCAAAAAGUCCAAUAUGAAACUGUAUUGCCUGUCAGGGCAUCCAACCUUACCCUGCAAUGUACUCAAAUUCAAGUCAACCACCAUCAUGUUGGACUGUGGACUGGACAUGACUUCUACCCUCAAUUUCCUUCCUUUGCCUCUUGUUCAAAGUGCCAGGCUGUCUAAUCUUCCAGGCUGGUCCCUGAAGGAUGGAAAUGUUUUCUUGGACAAGGAGCUCAAGGAGUGCUCAGGUCACGUAUUUGUGGAUUCCGUGCCUGAAUUUUGCUUACCAGAGACCGAGCUAAUAGAUCUGUCUACGGUAGAUGUGAUCCUCAUCUCUAACUACCACUGCAUGAUGGCCCUGCCCUACAUCACCGAGCACACCGGUUUCACGGGCACGGUGUAUGCCACAGAGCCCACCAUUCAGAUCGGCAGGCUUCUCAUGGAAGAGCUGGUGAACUUCAUUGAAAGAGUGCCCAAAGCGCAGUCUGCCUCCCUGUGGAAGAACAAGGAUAUUCAGCGGCUGCUGCCGUCGCCUCUCAAGGAUGCCGUGGAAGUGUCGGCCUGGAGGAGGUGCUACACCCUGCAAGAGGUGAACUCUGCCCUCAGUAAAAUCCAGCUGGUGGGAUAUUCUCAGAAAAUCGAGCUUUUCGGUGCCGUCCAGGUGACCCCUCUGAGCUCCGGCUAUGCCCUCGGGAGCUCCAACUGGAUCAUUCAGUCCCAUUACGAGAAAGUGUCGUACGUCUCGGGGUCCUCCCUGCUCACCACACAUCCCCAGCCCAUGGACCAAGCAUCUCUCAAAAGCAGCGAUGUUCUCAUCCUGACGGGCCUCACCCAGAUCCCCACAGCAAACCCGGACGGCAUGGUGGGGGAGUUCUUCAGCAACCUGGCGCUGACGGUCCGGAACGGCGGGAACGUGCUGGUGCCCUGCUACCCGUCCGGCGUGAUCUACGACCUCCUGGAGUGCCUGUACCAGUACAUCGACUCGGCCGGCCUCUCCAGCCUCCCCUUCUACUUCAUCUCGCCGGUGGCCAACAGCUCCCUCGAGUUUUCCCAGAUUUUUGCUGAGUGGCUUUGUCACAACAAACAGACUAAGGUGUAUCUCCCAGAACCACCUUUUCCUCAUGCAGAGCUCAUUCAGACCAACAAGCUGAAGCACUACCCCAGCAUCCACGGCGACUUCAGCAACGAUUUCAGGCAGCCGUGCGUGGUCUUCACGGGGCACCCUUCUCUCCGGUUUGGGGACGUGGUCCAUUUCAUGGAGCUCUGGGGAAAGUCUAGUCUCAACACUGUCAUAUUCACAGAGCCCGACUUCUCGUACCUGGAGGCGCUGGCUCCCUACCAGCCCUUGGCCAUGAAAUGCAUUUACUGCCCCAUCGACACACGACUGAACUUCAUCCAGGUGUCAAAGCUGCUCAAAGAAGUGCAGCCCCUGCACGUGGUCUGUCCUGAGCAGUACACGCAGCCGCCCCCCGCGCAGCCCCACAGGAUGGACCUGAUGAUCGACUGCCAGCCGCCGCCCAUGUCCUACCGGCGGGCCGAGGUCCUCGCCCUGCCCUUCAAGCGGCGGUAUGAGAAGAUCGAAAUCAUGCCGGAGCUUGCCGACUCGCUGGUGCCCGUGGAGAUGAAACCUGGCAUUUCCUUGGCAACCGUCUCGGCCGUGCUGCACACUAAGGAUAACAAGCACGUCCUCCAGCCCCUGCCCAGGCCCGCCCAGCCCACGGGUGGUAAGAAGAGGAAGCGGGCGAGUGACGACAUCCCGGACUGCAAGGCCCCGAAGCCCCUGCUGAGCGGCUGCAUCCCCGUGGAGCAGUUCGUGCAGACGCUGGAGAAGCACGGUUUCAGUGACAUUAAAGUGGAAGACACAGCCAAGGGCCACAUCGUGCUGCUCCAAGAAGCCGAGACACUCAUCCAGAUUGAGGAAGAUUCCACCCAUAUCAUUUGUGACAAUGAUGAGACACUCAGGGUGCGGCUGCGGGACCUCGUCCUCAAAUUCCUGCAGAAGUUCUAGAGGGAACCCCUGCGAGCCACCGUCCUUCACCCUCGGGCUGGCCGGCCAGCUGUGCUUUGUACUGUCUGUCCUCUGGAGGGACACUGUCAGGAGUGAUGGCCGGCACCUCCUGGCCUGGGGUGCCAGCGCUGUUUCAGGCAAGAACGUCUGUUUUAAGCUUCAGACUUUGUUCCCAGGCCUGGUGGCUCUCGGGCAGCACGAGAGGUCGGGUGGACGGGGAAGUGACUGGGUGGCUGACCUGUUGUCUUCAGUGGCCGGUGCGUGUUUCUCCUCGUCAGGGGCCUUGGGCCGGGACCUAGUGACUGUUUCACCUGCUCGUCUGCAGUGCUGCACCUAGUAAGACAGGUGACCCCCCAAACUAGUAAAAUGAACCCACUUAUCUGUUUUUAUAUUGUGGGCCCAUUUUGUUAAUAAAACUUAGUUUUUAUAGAAGUGUCCAUCUCUGCUUUGUUGCAAAUUUUGCUUAUGCAAAUUGCAGGCUAAAUUGUUAAACCUACGAUUUAUACUGACAGUAUCUGAAAAAUAUGAAAAUAUGUAGAAGAGCAUAAACUUAGAAAAUACUAUAGCAAAUUUUACUUUGGUCUGUUCAUAUAACCUGGCUUUUUUUAAUAUAACACCCAUAUUUUUCUUAGAAUUGUAUGAAAAGGUACGUAACCUUACCUGAACUGCAUGUGUGUAGAAAAUACCAGCCUUACAUUUCUGGGGAGGGUCCUGAGUGGGGAAGAUUUUAUUAAACAGCAUCAAGUAAAGGUACACUUCCUAAUAAAA